GCGUGGAUGAUGAAACCCAGACAGAUGUGUUGUGGGAAUUCAACGUUCGUUAUUGUAAAGCUUGCAGAGCAGCCAUGGUUGUUCUGAAGCGUUCUGAUGAACCCGAUUUGAAUGACAUCCUUGUUCUACCACACGCGUCUGGACCCGAAAGAAGGGGGAUGGCAACCUACUGGUUCCAUUUGCCAGAUCUAAUCCAUCACGACGAGGUUUUCAAUCAAUCCGCCAAUCCUCCGUCCGAGGACUUCAAGGAAGCGUAUGCGCUCACGAAAGCAGAGCUUACCCUGCAAAUUACUGAGUAUGCUCCAAUGUUGCGAAAGUACACUGCUGCAAUGAAGAAAAGGCGCCAGCAACAGAUCAGGACAGCGAAAAAUAAGAGAAGAGCCGAUAUCUGUCAGCGUCUGCGUCAAGGGGAAUUUGAGGAAGAUAUCGAUGUUCUAACGACUUCGCCUCACCGGAAAGACUGGCAACUGUUUUCUCGUCAUCCCCUGGUGGACUCUACCGAGGAGUUAACCCACGAAGGCUGGGACAGUAUAAAAUCGGGAAUAUUCCAAUUCAUGCAGGAUUAUCGAACCCGUCGCCUACUUGUCCAGUAUAAACAUACGCUCAUUCAUCGUUUCGAAGUAGUUCGGACCGCUGCAGAUGACCAGAGACGAAAGCACGAUGGUAUCAGGCCGCACUUCGUCGACUUCUGCCUGCUUCCUCAAGUCCGUGCUCUGCUCGAUAUCCCGCGGGACAAGAACGUAGACCAACGUGCGCUGGAUCAGCUGUUCAAAACAUAUCCUAUUUUAGCAGAGGACUGGCGGACCAUCGCAACAAACCAAUUACGAGCACAUGCCAGAAGGCAGAUGGCACUUCCUCUGAAUGAAGACCAAGACCCGCUUAAGCUGGCAGUUGCGUACUUCAAAUGCACAAAAUGCAACGUCGUCGUCCUUUACCCUGCGGCCCUGGAACACUCUUGCUGUUGGCGUUGGCCUGAAAAUGAAAAUUCUGAAUCAGAACGAGACGUCCUCGUCGAGCCAGUAUACGAUGACGCAGCUCGUGUUGCCGCGGGAGAAUACCCUUGGUCUUGCCAGCGCUUGGAAUGGUGCCCUUGGGCUGACAAAAUAGAGAAAGUGUUCCAAGUAUGCGGCUUGAACCCAAUGGCGACGACAUUGUCUCGAGCUCAGGAUUUGGAUCACCGCGUGAAAUUGACGUAA